GAAAACUUUAAUUUUUAUACCCUUAUUAAGGUUGAAGGAUUUGGCAACUCUGGAAACUUUAAACAUCACUUUAUUGAUAGGUGUUCCCACUAAUUAUGUUACAUACAGUAUACGUUUCUUUUGGCCAAUAGAUCCAUCGUUUGGUUCCACCUCAGAAAUUGCGUCCUGUAGCUACGAAGCGAGAUCUCUUGGCGUCAAGAAUGGAAUGUGGCUAGGACAAGCUCGACAGUUGUGUCCAGCUCUUGUGUGUGUUCCGUAUCAAUUUGAUGAAUACCGUCAAGUCUCACAACAGCUGUAUGAAAUUCUCGCUAGUUAUACGCACGAAAUACAAGCUGUAAGCUGUGAUGAGGCUUUUGUUGAUCUCGCAAAUUACAUCGAAACAGGUCAGUUAUGUGUCUAUAGAUUGUUGAUGCUGAUAUAAUCAUGAAUUUAAUUAAGGCUUGUUGGCGGCUCAAAGAGAUUCAGAAUGCGCAGCCAUUUGGUAUGUUCCCCCAUUCAUAUAAGAGAAACAAGUUCAAGUUUAUAUUAAAAUUUUAUUAAAAUGCGGGACUAUUUCACUAAUAAAACGAACGGUUUAGAAAUAAUGGUACUCAUAACUCAUAAGGCAAACAAAAAUAUGUGGGUUUCCGGUUUCCGACCCUACCUACCUUUUGGACGUCGAUAUCCCGACCCUAAACUUUUUUAUUGGAUCAUGCUUGUAAGUGUUUCCACUUAGAGGAAAAAGUUUGUGGAAAAUUGAAAUUUGAGGCAAUGUUAGGGAAAUUUAUCUUUGGAUGUGGAAGCACUGACUAAACAAAAUGGCGUCCGGUUGUUCGGAAAAUAAAAAAGUUAAAACCGACCUGCCCUACCUACGUUUUUAUAAGAAGAAACCGGAAACCCACAUUUUUUUUGCCUAAUGGUCAUUGAACUGCAUGAGUGCAUGGAGUGCAAUUUGGUCUGAAUUCUAACGCGCAGUGGCGAAAGUAGCCAUAGCAACAGGUGAUUCUAUUUGCAUCUUUCAAAGCUUUAGAAAGGUAUUGUUUUUAAACUCUUUAGAUGCAGGUUUAUUAUUAGCAUUGCAUGACCAGUAGCCAUGUCAAGGCUUCGCCACUGCAAAUUCGUGGUUUUAAAACUGCACGACCGCGAAGCGGGAUUACAAUUUGUCAUCACAAGUUUGAUUUCAGACCAAAAUCGCGCGACACAAAGUGGGCUUAAACCAAACAUAAACUUAUUGUUAACUGAUAGGGACUAUCUCUGCCACUCACGCGUGUCAAAAACUCGUGUUUGGAAUUUGAACACUUCACAUGUUAAAUUUUCAUUAUUAUAUGCAAUCCAUUUCACAUACGUGAAAUCAACGUGUGUAUAAUUUGAACACUUCACAUGUGACGCUUUCAUAUGUGAAACAGUAGACAACAUAUAUGAGAUUUCAUAAAUGGGAUUUCAUUAUGAAACUUAUGAAAAGCCAAAAGGCCUUAUGAAAAGUGCUUUAUUCGUAUGAGACGUCAUUUCAAAUCCGACUAUGAGGGCUGGACUAGAUUUCAAGUCCUUGCAUUUUGAUCCAAUUAUCGGCUUCGCCUCGGACCGGGGUUCGAAUUCUAGCCCAGUCCUCAUAGCCGGAUUUGAAAUCUUAGUUAAAUCAUUGAAAUGAAUAUAACUGGAACGCUACCUUCAGAUAAACUGCCUAUCUUUUUAUUAAAGCCAAAUCUGACUCCCAAAGACCCAACCACGCGUGUUUAUGUCUCACGGCACAUUUUUAUCGUAGAAAAAUGCUCUUUCAAUAAACAAUUAUUCGAAAAAACUAAAAAUCUACGAGGAGGUCUACAAGGAAGUUUUACCUGAAUAAAUGCAUUAACAGAAGGCUUUGAGCGCUGUUAAAAAGCUUUUUUGUAAAUUUUAAUCCGGUUUUCAAGGAUACAUAUUCAUGUUACGUUGACGGAUUGACCGCGCUCUUAGCAUGCGUGAAAAGACUGGGACUGGCUUUUAAGUUUGGCUUCAAAUUUCCAGGAGGAGGUAGAGUUCUAGUCAUUUGGAUUCCUUAAAUUUUACGACACGAUUAGCAAUUACAAACGGACGCCACCAAAAUUUCAAAUUUGGAAUUCUACAUGUGAAACAGUGAAUUUCGAAAGGAAACCUUUUCAUACCUCACUUCCAAGUAUUAGUUUAUCAUUAUUAUUAUUUAAAAUUAUUUAUACACGGUAGCUUAUCAAUCUAUCUAUAUCAAUAUAAAAUAAGGAAUAUAUUAUUCUUCUAAGUAUCAAAAUAAUACUUAAAAAGUUUGCUAUUUAAAGUGAGGUGAAUUAAUUUUGAUGCAAUCUAAGGACUGAAAUAAUUUUGAUGAAAUAAUUUUUAAUCUAGGACUGGAUCAUUAUAUUUCUCCAUGCAGGUACCCAGUAUUAUCUUGUGAGAAUAAUAAAGCAAUAUAUUGUUGGCUAAUUUACUCAUGAAUUAUUCGUGAGUUUGAGAUGCUCGCUUCAAUUUAGGCUAUGGUCCGCUCUGUAGCUCGCACUGCACAGAUAUCAAACUUAGAUCGCGAUCCUAAAACAAAAAUCUCAUUUGUUUCUUUGUUAUAGAAUGCCUCACAGCAUUAGAAGUUGCCCAGAUUAUUCGAGAAGAAAUAAAGACGAAAACAAACUGUCCGGCUUCCGCUGGUAUUGCUUCAAAUAUAUUGCUGGCUCGAAUGUGUACAAAGGUGGCCAAACCCAAUGGACAGUUUCAUUUACAAGAUGAUGACACCGCCGACUUUAUUGGUAUGUAUUUUACUCUAUUUUUGUAUCCCUAA